UAACAAAGCGGCAUCGAAAAGAGCAUCGCAAUUGUAGAACGAAAGCCAAGUGAAACGGAUCGUUCUACUUACGAGGUUCAGAUAAUCGCACUACAAAAAUGUGUGCGAGUUCUACGAACUUAAUACCCGAUGCUGUAACACCGCAAGCACCAUGUUCGUCACCCUUCGUAAGUGGACUUACAUAUAUGAAUGUUUGCAGCGGCGAUUCUGCAACUUUAUUUCUGAAUAUGUUGAGCGUGUUAACUACUUAUAGCACGGUAAUUAACGGUGUUUGUGAACGUAUAAAACCUGUUACAAGACUAGAUCACACUUAUGACUUUAUUGUCAUUGGAGGUGGCGCAGGUGGAUCGGUCGUAGCCUCUAGCUUGAGCGAGAACCCGAACUGGUCUGUACUCCUCGUGGAAGCCGGACCGGAUGAACCAGCUGGCACACAAAUACCAAGCAACCUUCAAGUCUUUCUCGGCACGGAAUUGGAUUGGAAGUAUCAAACCACAAACGAAUCGCACGCGUGCUUGAGUACCAACGGUAGCUGUAGCUGGCCAAGGGGCAAGAAUCUCGGCGGAUGUACUUCUCAUCACGGUAUGGCGUAUCAUCGUGGUCAUGAAAAGGAUUACACCAGAUGGGUUGAGAUGGGAAAUAUAGGCUGGUCAUGGCAAGAUGUAUUGCCGUACUUCUUUAAACAGGAAGAUAAUAAGGAGAUUGGAAGGGUCCGACGACAAGAUCACGGUGUUGGAGGUCCGAUGACAGUUGAAAGAUUCCCCUGGCAGCCACAACUCGCUUGGGACAUACUAACUGCAGCGGAAGAAGUAGGCCUUGGAGUCACCGAAGACUUGGUGGGCCCGAAUAUCACGGGAUUCAACAUCGCACAGACGAUAAGCAGAAAUGGUGUCAGACUCAGCACUCCCAGAGCUUUCUUGUGGCCGCACAGGAAUCGUCGAAAUUUCCACUUAAAGCUGAAUGCGAUCGCGACAAAACUCCUUACAAAACGACAAGGAUCGAAAUUGAAAGUUACCGGAGUCAAAAUAAUUAUAAAUGGUCAAGAACAACACGUAAAUGUGAGAAAGGAAGUGAUCCUUUCGGGCGGUACGAUAAACUCGCCUCAGAUUAUGCUCCUGUCGGGCAUGGGACCGAAGGAACACUUGAAAUCUGUAAAGAUUAAACCAGUUCUCGAUCUACCGGGAGUAGGCGAAAAUCUCCAUAAUCACCAGUCGUACGGUUUAGAUUUCAAUAUCAAUGAACCGCCAAUAGAAGAGCUAAAUAUGAAUUCUGCCGAUCUAUAUCUACACAAUCAAACGGGCCCGAUGUCAUCAACCGGUUUGGCUCAACUUACUGCACUUCUGGCAUCCGAAUACACCACCAAAGACGAUCCGGACAAUCAGAUUUUCUUCGCUGGUUAUCAAGCUACCUGUAAUACAGGCGACAGGAUUCCGGACUUGCUAUCAUACAACAAUAAAGAAACUAUUAGAAUGACUUCAGUAAAUGUACAGCCACGCAGCAGAGGCCGACUCACACUUGCAUCGAAAGAUCCAUUGGCCCAUCCGAUUAUCUGGGCUAACGAUCUGGCGGAGCCAAUAGACAGAAAGAUUAUUUACAGCGGUAUCCAGAAACUCUUAAAAUUGGUAACGGCAAACGAAUUAAGCAAAUAUCAUUUGACGAGAAUAAAUUACGAUGCCCCGGAAUGUAACCAUGUAGGCGAAAAGGGUAGUUAUGAACAUUGGGACUGUCUAAUCCAAUACGACACUCGGCCCGAAAAUCACCAGGCCGGUACUUGUAAAAUGGGACCCGCUUCGGAUCCGAUGGCAGUUGUUGAUCCACGACUCAAAGUUCAUGGCGUAACUAACUUGAGAGUAGCUGAUGCGUCUAUCAUGCCACAGGUGGUUUCCGGUAAUCCCGUUGCUACCAUCAAUAUGAUCGGCGGAAGAGCUGCUGAUUUCAUCAAAUACGAUUGGUCGUAAAAGAAACAGGAAUA